CAUGGAUCUCAGAGGAGCGCGCCUCCUGCUUUGCCUUCUCUUCCUCGUCCACUCCUCAAUCCAGCAGACUCCCCCGAAGAAGAAAAACGUGAAAAAAGACUCGGGGAGCACUGCUGCCAUUGAGGAGCUGCAGAAGCAGAUCGAUGACAUCGUGCAAGAGCUGACGCUGCUGAAGGAGCAGCAGGCCCUGCAGACAGUUUGCCUUAAGGGAAUGAAGAUCCACGGCAAGUGUUUUCUCGUGGACAAAGUGAAGAAGCGCUACCAUGCGGCCAGCGACGACUGCAUCGCGAAGGGGGGCACCCUCAGCACGCCCCUGACGGCCGACGAAAACGAGCAGCUGUACGACUACGUGCGCAAGAGCAUCGGGCCGAACGAGCAGGUCUGGCUGGGCAUAAACGACAUGACGACCGAGGGGAACUGGGUCGACCAGACGGGCUCCACCCUGCGCUACAAGAACUGGGAGUCGGGGGUCACCCACCAGCCGGACGGCGGCCGCUCCGAGAACUGCGCUGUCCUCUCCGGCGCGGCCAAAGGGAAGUGGUCGGAUGAGAACUGCCGCGGCGAGAAAGCGUCCGUCUGCGAGUUCAACAUCGUAUAAGCGCACCAUGCUCCGCAGCUGCCGGUGUAGCGCAAUUUCAUGCUACAUUUCACAUUCUCAGAGACAAAAUGCACAUGUUCGCCCAGAGCGCCGUCCAUCUGCUCAGUAGUCAAAAUUAGGAACUUUAACAAUCUUGAAAGAAAUUAUUAUAUGAAUAGAUCUGUACAAUAUAAAGACGACUGUACUAUAUUAAAUACCAUUGUAUUAAAUGGUUGUACAAAAAUUGGGAGGAAGACAGCACUACACCGGCAAUCAUAAUCCUUUACUACCCUUUGAUGUCAUACACCACACUUAACUCUAAUCUGCGGUUUCUACGCUGAACGCUUCAAAGAUGACUAUGCAAAUCGCUCAUUUUGUCUUCCUUUAGCAUCGAACAUUAAUAUUUUCCUCAUAUGAUUAUUUGAAUUCUACGAGGACAGCAUCGUAAUCAUCAAAGCAGCCUCAAAUCAAGUUAAGACUGCUGGCUCCCUAACCUAACCAAUAUUAGCGAGUCCAUAUUUCUGUAAUUUAAUCGGCGUAUGUUUUUAAAAUUAAAACGAAAAAAACAGGGCUGUAAGUCUAUUGACACUGAGGUAAUGUCGAAAAAACUGGAUUAAACUGGGUCAAAUCUCAUUGAACCAUAAUUUGUUGCAAAAAUCAGCGAGGAUUUCAUCAUAUCCAGGUACACUGAAAGUUGUACGUUGUUGAACAACGUCCUAAACUGGCUAAUUUCUAACAAUCCCCCACCCCCUUCAUUGAUAAAAUGAGGAUUAUUUCAGUU